CCAGCGUCGGCUCUUGGGCGGGCGGCGCGGGCCCUCCCACUCUCCCCCGCGCCGCCGCACCGCCCCGGCCCUCGCUUCACCCCGACGCCCCGGCGUGCGCGUCCUCCCGCCGGCCUGCAGGCCCCGGGCCUCUGCCUGCCAGCCCGCCGCUGCUCCUCGCGGCCCCGGCUCGUGUUCACGCUGUCGCCCGGGCCGGCGCGGCCGCGGGCAACCGCUCCCCCUCCCACACCUACCCCGCCCCCUCCCCGCCUUUUCCGCCCUCAGGUCCCCCUCCCUCGGCCCGCCGCCGCUGCUCCAGAUGAGGUGAUGGCAACGGCCAACUUCGGCAAGAUCCAGAUAGGGAUUUACGUGGAGAUCAAGCGGAGCGAUGGCCGAAUACAUCAAGCAAUGGUAACAUCUUUAAAUGAAGAUAACGAAAGUGUAACUGUUGAAUGGAUAGAAAAUGGAGAUACAAAAGGCAAAGAGAUUGACCUGGAGAGCAUCUUUUCGCUUAACCCUGACCUUGUACCAGAUGAAGAAAUUGAGCCCAGUCCAGAGACACCCCCACCUCCAACAUCCUCAGCCAAAGUAAACAAAAUUGUAAAGAAUCGACGGACUGUGGCUUCUAUUAAGAAUGAACCUCCUCCAAGAGAUAAUAGAGUGGUUGGUUCUGCACGUGCGCGGCCUAGUCAGCUUCCCGAACAGUCUUCCUCUGCACAACAGAAUGGUAGUGUUUCAGAUAUAUCUCCAGUUCAAGCUGCAAAAAAGGAAUUUGGACCCCCUUCACGUAGAAAAUCUAAUUGUGUGAAAGAAGUAGAGAAAUUGCAAGAAAAACGAGAAAAAAGGAGACUGCAACAACAAGAACUUAGAGAAAAAAGAGCCCAGGAUGUUGAUGCUACAAACCCAAAUUAUGAAAUUAUGUGUAUGAUCAGAGACUUUAGAGGAAGUUUGGAUUAUAGACCAUUAACAACAGCAGAUCCUAUUGAUGAACACAGGAUAUGUGUUUGUGUAAGAAAACGACCACUCAAUAAAAAAGAAACUCAAAUGAAAGAUCUUGAUGUAAUCACAAUCCCUAGUAAAGAUGUUGUGAUGGUACAUGAACCAAAACAAAAAGUAGAUUUAACAAGGUACCUAGAAAACCAAACAUUUCGUUUUGAUUAUGCCUUUGAUGACUCAGCUCCUAAUGAAAUGGUUUACAGGUUUACAGCUAGACCACUAGUGGAAACUAUAUUUGAGAGGGGAAUGGCUACAUGCUUUGCUUAUGGGCAGACUGGAAGUGGAAAGACUCAUACAAUGGGAGGUGACUUUUCAGGAAAGAACCAAGAUUGUUCUAAAGGAAUUUAUGCAUUAGCAGCUCGGGAUGUAUUUUUAAUGCUAAAGAAGCCAAACUAUAAGAAGUUGGAACUUCAAGUGUAUGCAACCUUUUUUGAAAUUUAUAGUGGUAAGGUGUUUGACUUGCUAAAUAGAAAAACAAAAUUAAGAGUGCUUGAAGAUGGAAAACAGCAGGUUCAAGUGGUGGGAUUACAGGAACGGGAGGUCAAAUGCGUUGAAGAUGUACUAAAACUCAUUGACAUAGGCAACAGUUGCAGAACAUCCGGUCAAACAUCUGCAAAUGCACAUUCAUCUCGGAGCCAUGCAGUGUUUCAGAUUAUCCUUAGAAGGAAAGGAAAACUACAUGGCAAAUUUUCUCUCAUCGAUUUGGCUGGAAAUGAAAGAGGAGCUGAUACUUCCAGUGCAGACAGGCAAACUAGGCUUGAAGGUGCUGAAAUUAAUAAAAGCCUUUUAGCACUCAAGGAGUGCAUCAGAGCCUUAGGUAGAAAUAAACCUCAUACUCCUUUCCGAGCAAGUAAACUCACUCAGGUGUUAAGAGAUUCAUUCAUAGGUGAAAACUCUCGUACCUGCAUGAUUGCUACAAUAUCUCCAGGAAUGGCAUCCUGUGAAAAUACCCUCAAUACAUUAAGAUAUGCAAAUAGAGUAAAGGAGUUUGGAAUUAGUCCGUCAGACAUUCCCUUCUCACAGGGCAGCGGCAGCCGCCCUGACCUCUCUCCUUCUUAUGAGUAUGACGACUUUUCUCCUUCGAUUGCCAGGGUUAAAGAACUGACUGUGGAUCCAACUGCUGCUGGUGACGUCCGUCCAAUAAUGCACCAUCCCCCAAAUCAGAUUGAUGACUUAGAGGCACAGUGGGGUGUGGGCAGUUCCCCUCAGAGGGAUGAUCUAAAACUUCUUUGUGAACAGAAUGAAGAAGAGGUAUCCCCACAAUUGUUUACUUUCCAUGAAGCUGUCUCACAAAUGGUAGAAAUGGAAGAACAAGUUGUAGAAGAUCACAGGGCAGUAUUCCAGGAAUCUAUCCGAUGGUUAGAAGAUGAAAAGGCUCUCCUAGAGAUGACUGAAGAAGUAGACUAUGAUGUGGAUUCAUACGCCACGCAACUUGAAGCUAUUCUUGAGCAAAAAAUAGACAUUUUAACUGAACUGCGGGAUAAAGUGAAAUCUUUUCGUGCAGCUCUGCAAGAAGAAGAACAAGCCAGCAAGCAAAUCAACCCGAAGAGACCCCGUGCCCUUUAAAUCAGCAUUUGCUGCUAAAGGAUCCCCAGAACCCUCGCUACUGUAACAUAGCAAUGGUUCAGCUGUAAGGGCCAUUUGAAAGUUUGAAAUCUUAAGUGUCUGUGGAAAAUGUCUUGUCCCUUCACCUGAAUGACAUUUCAAUUUUGUGAAACACUCCUUUGUCUACAAGAUGCUUCUAGUCAGGAGGCACAACCAAGAUUUGGGAAUAGUGAAGCAUUUUGUUUCAUUUACCCAGAUAGUGAGUUACUUUUGGAGAUCCUUGCCAAUUUUAUUUUCUAUAUGAUGAAGUAAGAUUGUGGACUUGAUCCAGAGGUGAAUAGUAAGGGGAAGCCACAGCAUUUCCUUUUAACUCAGUUCAGUUUUCUUGGCAAGACUGAGCAGUUUUAAAUCCUUUGCGUGCAUGCAUACCUCAUCAGUGAUUGUACAUACCUUGCCCACUUCUAGAAACAGCUGUGCUCACCUCUUCCUGCUUUGUGCCUUGACUAAGGCUAUUGACCCUAAAUUUAUGAAGCACAGCCAAGAUAAAUUACAUUCCUUAUCUGUCAUUGUAAAUUACCUUUAUUGUGUGUACAUUUUUACUGUAAUUGAGACUUUUUUUUGUGUGUGACUAGUUAAUUUUGCAGGAUGUGCCAUAUCAUUGAAUGGAACUAAAGUCUGUGACAGUGGACAUAGCUGCUGGACCAUUCCAUCUUAUAUGUAAAAAAAUCUGGAAUUAUGAUUUUAAAACCAUAUAACAUGUGGUUAUAAUUUUCUUAGCAUUUUCUUUGUAAAGAACUAAAAUAUAAACUAGUUGGUGUAUAAUAAAAAGUAAAGAAAUUCUGAAAAGAGUUUUAUCUUAGGAUAAUACAUAUAUACGCAGUGUGUGUUCCAGUGUGGUAUUACCAAGACUAAUAGUGCAAUUUGAUCUUUACCAAUACCAUUACUUAAGUUGAAGUGUCCAUUAGCACCCCAAAAUGUACCUUUUAAAUGGUACAGUUAAAGGAAAUUGGCUUCUGAUGCAUGAAUAUGUACAUGUACAUUGAAAGUAGUCCAUAAUAGAACUGUUAGUUUAAGCCAAGUGUAGACAGUACAUAACUAUGUUGAGAAAGAAUUUAAGCUAAAGAGUUGACUUCGCCGUAAAAGGCAGAUCUAACCCAAGCUCCACCCAUUACCUAAUGUUUGAUGUUUCACCACUAUUUGGUGAGAACCACCAAAUUCUCACCAAUCAGUUCAUCUAGGGCAUGCUACUUUUUAAAUGGUGGCACUUAUUUUUACAGAUUGCUAUUCCAAGGAAGAAAACUGGCCACUUUUCAUGUAAAUAUUUUGUUAGAAGAUUUCUAUCUCUCUAGGAGUUUUCCCUCAGUUCCCAGGAUAGUGUCUAGGAGUACAUUAACAAAAAGUCUCCCAGGGAUAUCUUGUUUUGAUUUACUCUAGGGAACUACCAGCUCAUUCCUGUGGGCCAAAGGGAAGCUAUGAAUAGAGAGUCAUAUGAGCCAGACUCCCUACUUCACUGUUCAUAGAAUUCAAAGGGUAGUCAUGGGAAAUCCUAACACCAUGGUGAAAAGCUCCUCUGUAAACUUGAAAUCUAGUACAAAUGUAGAUUUUCACAGUGUGCUUAUUAUUAAUAAAUUAAAUCUGUGUAA